AUGAUGGUGGAAUCCGCCUCGGAGACAAUCAGGUCGGCUCCCUCUGGUCAGAACGGCGUGGGCAGCAUCUCCGGGCAGGCCGAUGGCGGCGGCGGGGCCGGGGCGGCGGCUGGCGGAGGCGGCGCGGGCAGGGACUCGGCGGCGGCGGGCGCGGACAGCAACGGCGAGAUGAGCCCGGCGGAGCUGCUGCACUUCCAGCAGCAACAGGCUCUCCAGGUGGCCAGGCAGUUCCUGCUGCAGCAGGCCUCAGGCCUGAGCUCCCCGGGCAACAAUGACAGCAAGCAGUCGGCCUCUGCCGUGCAGGUGCCUGUGUCGGUGGCCAUGAUGUCGCCGCAGAUGCUUGCCCCCCAACAGAUGCAGCAGAUCCUGUCGCCCCCACAGCUGCAGGCCUUGCUCCAGCAGCAGCAGGCACUCAUGCUGCAGCAGCUGCAGGAAUACUAUAAGAAGCAGCAAGAGCAGCUCCACUUACAGCUCCUCACCCAGCAGCAGGCUGGGAAGCAGCAACCCAAAGAGGCCCUGGGGAACAAGCAGCUGGCCUUCCAGCAGCAGCUCCUGCAAAUGCAACAGUUGCAGCAGCAGCACCUGCUCAACCUGCAGAGACAGGGGCUGGUCAGCCUGCAGCCCAGCCAAGCCUCGGGGCCCCUGCAGACCCUCCCGCAAGCGGCCGUGUGCCCGACGGACCUGCCCCAGCUGUGGAAGGGCGAGGGUGCCCCCGGGCAGCCCGCCGAGGACAGCGUCAAGCAGGAGGGGCUGGACCUCACCGGCUCAGCCACCACCGCUACCUCGUUUGCCGCCCCCCCCAAAGUCUCACCCCCCCUCUCCCACCACACCCUGCCCAACGGACAGCCCACUGUGCUCACACCUCGGAGAGACAGCUCCUCCCACGAGGAGACGCCAGGCUCCCACCCCCUCUACGGACACGGAGAGUGUAAGUGGCCAGGCUGUGAGACCCUGUGUGAAGACCUGGGCCAGUUUAUCAAACACCUCAACACAGAGCACGCCCUGGAUGACCGGAGCACAGCCCAGUGCCGGGUGCAGAUGCAGGUGGUCCAGCAGCUGGAGAUCCAGCUCGCCAAGGAGAGUGAGAGGCUGCAGGCCAUGAUGGCCCACCUGCACAUGCGGCCCUCCGAGCCCAAGCCCUUCAGCCAGCCACUGAACCCGGUCCCCGGCUCCUCCUCAUUCUCCAAGGUGCCCGUCUCUGCAGCAGACUCGUUCCCAGAUGGUCUUGUGCACCCCCCCACCUCGGCCGCUGCCCCCGUCACCCCCCUACGGCCGCCCGGCCUCAGCUCUGCCCCCCUGCACAGCGGGGGCCCCGCCCGCCGGAGGAGCAGUGACAAGUUCUGCUCCCCCAUCUCUUCGGAGCUGGCCCAGAAUCACGAGUUCUACAAGAACGCCGACGUCAGGCCCCCCUUCACCUACGCCUCCCUCAUCCGCCAGGCCAUUCUGGAAACCCCCGACAGGCAGCUGACCCUGAAUGAGAUCUAUAACUGGUUCACCAGGAUGUUCGCCUAUUUCCGGAGAAACACUGCCACCUGGAAGAAUGCUGUGCGGCACAACCUCAGCCUGCACAAGUGCUUCGUGCGCGUGGAGAACGUCAAGGGCGCCGUGUGGACUGUGGACGAACGCGAGUAUCAGAAGCGGAGGCCGCCAAAGAUGACGGGGAGCCCCACCCUGGUGAAAAACAUGAUCUCGGGCCUCAGUUACGGAGCACUUAAUGCCAGCUACCAGGCUGCCCUGGCCGAGAGCAGCUUCCCCCUCCUCAACAGCCCUGGCAUGCUGAACCCGGGCUCUGCCAGCAGCCUCCUGCCCCUCAGCCACGACGAAGUGGGUGCCCCCGUGGAGCCGCUGACCAGCAAUGGCAGCAGCAGCCCCCCUCGCCUCUCCCCGUCCCAGUACAGCCACCAGGUGCAGGUGAAAGAGGAGCCAGCCGAGGCAGAGGAAGACAGGCGGCCGGGCCCCCCCCUGGGCCCCCCCAACCCCAGCACCGCGGGGCCUCCAGAAGACAGGGACCUGGAGGAGGAGCUGCCAGGAGAGGAACUGUCCUAA